UUACAGUCCAUUCUACUGUUAACUUUAUCUUACAGUCAUUGCUCCAAUACUUGUUUCGCUGCUCAUCCAUUUUUCUCGUACGUAUCAACCAACUGUUGACCGCAUUUCUUGUGAUUUGUUAGUCUCAAAAACAAGAUGUCGAACUUUGAACAGACAGUAGAAGAUGCCUGCACAGCCAGAGAUAUUCCAGGUGCAAUUGUGGUGGCAGGAGAUAUUUCUGGUAUGUCUCUCUUCUUGAUUUCGCGGAAUGUGUUGAUGGGUAGAGUUUAUGUGUGUGGACUAGCAUCACAAGUCCAAAGUCCAUAACCACAAUUUUGAGGCUCAUAAUAUUUCUUCCCAUCCCAAUUCGCUGGUUCAUGGAUUGCAGUUGUUAACAUAUAUUAGGGAAAUUUUAUUAUGAGAAAGCCUUCGGAUAUCAAUCUCUCAAGGAUCCCGCAACGCCCAUGGCACUGGACAAUGUCAUGUGGCUUGCUUCCUGCACAAAGCUAGUCACAACUAUCGCGGCACUGCAAUGUGUUGAACGAGGCCUUUUAAGCCUAGACGGAGAUAUUUGUGAACACCUACCAGAAUUCAAGGGUGUACAAAUUUUGACUGGUUUUGACGAAGAGAGCGGGAAGCCAAUCUUGAUAGACAACCACAAAACUAUAACACUUCGGUUUGUUGCACUCGCAGACUCGCAAUAUAUUGAGAAAUGAGCUGACUGGACCAGACAUCUUCUCACACAUUCAUCCGGUAUUGCAUAUGAUAUUUUCGGUAAGCAACAUGAGUUCUGGCGUUGAUGAAAAUGGCUAAAAAUGAUCAAGAUCCGUUACUUGCUCGCUACCAAAACUACAUUGGCAAGCCGCCUAAAAUGAGCAGUGAAUCUGGCUUGGUAAAGGAUGUCAUGAGGUUCCCGCUUCUCUUCGCGCCUGGUGACUCAUGGGCCUACGGCGCUAAUAUUGAUUGGACUGGUCAAAUGGUAGAGAGAGUCAAUGGCAAUAUCUCCUUGGAGGAAUACUCUAAAAAGAAUGUAUGGGAACCUCUUGGCGUAGAAAGUAUAACCUUUCAUCCAGUUCAGCACCCAGAAAUAAACUCGAAAAUAGUUGCGAUGAGCCGAAGGGAAGGGCCAUUAACUCCGACUGGCACAACGGCAAACCCCGACGGCAAGGUCACAUACACGAGCCAAGUCCUAUUCCAUCCAGGUACCAAAGAUUGUUAUGGAGGUGCUGGGACGUUUGGAAGUCCCCUCGACUAUUUCAAGUGUUUGCAUAGCAUUUGUUCUGACGAUGGUCGAUUGUUGAAAUCGGAAACCAUUGACGAGAUGUUUAAGCCGCAGCUCAGCGAAGCCGCAAGAGAAGGGUUGAUGAAAACUCUUUCUAGUCCAGAUAUCAAAGCAUGUAUGUGUGACUUACCUCAAGGAUCGAAAGUCGAUUUUGGCCUUGGAGGAAUGAUCAAUUUGGAAGAUAUUGGUGGUAGAAGCAAGGGCUCGCUGGCUUGGGUAGGAUAUGCAAACCAUUUUUGGUGGAUCAACCGUAAAGAUGGAAUAUGCGGCAUGUGGGCCUCGCAGCUUACACCUCCUGGAGAUCCAAAAGGCAACCUAUUGUUUCACACAUUCGAAGAGGAAAUGUACAGGAAGGCAGGUGUCUCUCCAGAGAAGUUGUAGAGGGGCCUCUUUGAGAAUAAAGAUUUGCAGGAGGUGGCUCGGGCGAAAGAUUGUUCACGUUUGAUAAAGUCAGCACAUUCAUUUAGAUAUAGUUCUUUCUCCAGAUGUUGCGCUUUAAGAAAACCGUCUCAUGAUGAUAGCAUUUUUCAGUAAAUUGUUUAAGCAAGCACUACAUAUGAAGGACGCCAAAUUGUGCAUUUAUAUAAGGAA